AACGACCCACCGCGCCCGCUGCCCGCUGAUCCUGCCCCGGAACCGGAAGCAAACUCCCCCCGAACCCCGGCAGAGCCUCGCUCCCAGUCCCAGCAGCGCCGCCCACCUCCGCCCGCCGCCGCACCCAUAAAUACCCCCGCCCCCGAGAGGAACAUCGACCCGGGAAGCGGUUGAGGCUUUCGAAAACCUAGCGGAUCGGGAGAGAGGAGUGAGGGAUGGAUCCCGUGGAGGCCGAGGAGCAGCAGGCGGAGCCGCCGGACGAGCUGGUUGUGGUGGAGGAGGAGGAAGGGUGCGCCGAGGUCGAUCCCACCCGCCGCUUCAUCCGGUAUGAUGAGAGCGUCGGAUCGGGGGCCGUCAAAACAGUCUACAAAGCCUUUGAUAAGCUGGAGGGUGUUGAGGUGGCAUGGAGCCGAGCACGGAUUGACGAUUCUGUCAUGGGCUCAUCAAAGAAGAUGGCACAACUGAACACAGAGAUCCAGCUGUUGAAGACGCUUAAGCACCAGAACAUUGAGAAAUCGUUCGCCUCGUGGAUUGAUGAGGACAACAAGACAGUUAAUAUCAUCACAGAACUUUUCACGUCCGGCAGCUUGCGGCAGUACCGUAAAAAGCACAAGAAAGUGAGUAUAAAGGCUAUGAGACGAUGGGCAGUGCAGAUAUUGACAGGGCUUGAAUAUCUUCACAGUCAGGAGCCAGCAAUCAUACAUAGGGAUUUAAAGUGUGAUAACAUAUUCAUAAAUGGUAAUGGUGGAACAGUCAAGAUUGGGGAUUUUGGCUUGGCUACAUUUUUGCAGCAACAGAAAACGAAAAGUAUCAAAGGUACAUUAGAAUUUAUGGCACCAGAGCUCUUCACUGGGGUUUACAAUGAGUUGGUGGAUAUAUAUUCUUUUGGGAUGUGCAUGCUUGAAAUGGUGACAUGUGAGUAUCCGUACAGUGAAUGUCAAGGCAUGGGCCAUAUAUACAAGAAAAUUUCUGAAGGUAAGAAACCAGCUGCACUCUCCAAGGUUGAAGAUGCAGAACUAAGAUCUUUCAUUGAAAUCUGUCUAGCUCCAGUGGCUGAAAGACUUCCUGCAAGUGAGCUCCUAAGGAGCUCUUUCCUCCAGAAUGAUGUGUCUAUCCCAGUGCCUCCAAUUUCGGUCUCUCUGGUCUCGAGUGUGAAAGAAGAUGUGCAGCAGUCUACCAAUAUUGUGCUACGGAAGGGCGAUUUCCUGCUGAAAGGAGAUAUGCAUGUGACUGACGAUAUCAAUUUACGGAUAAGAUUUCCUGAUCCCAGUGGUUGUUUUAAGAAUGCCGAUUUCCGGUUCGACGUUGAUCAAGAUACCAGCAUUUCUGUCGGUCAGGAAAUGGUUGAAGCUUUUGAAUUGCCGCAAGGGAGCAUACAGAUCAUUGCACAGCUGAUCGAUGCAUUCUUGCUCAUGAUGAUCCCUAAAUGGGUGCCCCGUGUUGUUGUUUGUCCGGUGGUUUCUGAGAGUGCCCACAGCUACAUCACCGAUAGAAUCAUGAACUGCAGUCAGCUCAGAUUGGCCGUUCCAGGAUAAGUCUUGCUUCCCCAAGCUAUAUAUGAUCGUAGUUUCGCAGCUUAUUUAUCAGUCAGUUUUUUGUUUAGUUAGAUGAAUUUGAUGGCCACGCUUCAGCCUCUUGUGCGGGCUAAUAUUACAGCGCGCGCUUGAUGCGCUGGCGAACAUGGCGUUCUCCAUUGAUGAUGAUGAUGAUGAAAGAUAGAAGAAUAGGAUUACUAGUCGGGUUGUUUCUAUUAUUUGUUUCAUUCUUCUAGUGUCAGGUAGCAUCAGCAGAUUGAUAGUACCUGGUUGAACAUAUUUCCUUUUAGUUCCUGAGAUUGUUGAGUGGGUCCCUAUUUUAAAUGUUUGAUUUUCAUGAUUCCUACUGAAUUGAAUCAUUUCCUGUGAAAUUCGUGGAUUCCAAACGGACCCUUGUGUA